UUCGCCAGCGUUGCGAUGACUUAACCCAAGCACCGAAGCGCGAACCAAAGUCAACGGGAAGUAAUUGAUAUCUUGUGUACUGGCGUGAACAUUUUAGAAUUCGGGUCUUUCGUGGAACGCCUCCUUCCUAUCCAUUGCUUGCGUUCCCCAUUUCCCUUCACACAUAUUCUUUCCUGAUUGCGGUGAACGACCACUUCAACAUCCCUAAUUUUAUUACCGGAAUUUUCCUCGAACAUGAUGUUCCCCGAGGGCCCUUUUCCCUACGGGUAGGAUUAUUCGAACAACGUUGCUAUCCCGUCUCAACGACGAGUUAUAAAGCGCUUGGGUCUAGAAUAUAUCGGCUUCGUCUACAGCACUGGCGAAUAACUGAGGCAUCGUCGGCCUGCACGAUGGAUCCGGACUGGGAUGAGGUAUCCCGGAUAGCGGUCCCUCCUUCAGGUCCCCAUGUCCUACCGACCGUCGCCUCAACGAUUGCGUUUGAUGACACACAGGAGUUACUGUGGACGGGAAAUGAAUUCGGACGAGUGACUUCCUUCUACGGGCCAGAGCUGCAGAGAUAUACGUCCGUAAAAGCACACCCGGCUUCUGAAGGGCCUGUUCGCCAGCUUCUAUUCCAUGAGAAAGGCGUAUUAUCAGUGUCCUCUAAGAGCGUGCAUCUCACCUCCCGCCGUGGCCUGACAAUAUGGCAUCUCUCCCACGAAGAAAUGGAGGAUCUCCGUUGCAUGAGUUUCACCAAGCAGGCUUCAAGGGUUAUUGUUGCUGGCUGCCAACCCGUAAUGUUCCACAUUGACGUUGACAAGGGAAUAAUUGUCGAGAAAUUAAUCACGGAGCAUAAUUACACAAUUAUGAAAAAGAGUCGUUACCUAUGUGCCGCGACUGAUACUGGCUCUGUUAAUGCACUGAGUCUAUCCGAUUUCAGUGUCGUGAAAAGUUGGAAAGCACAUGGUACCGUUGUCAACGACAUGGAUGCGCGGAACGACUACCUCGUUACGUGCGGCUUUUCCGUACGACAUCUCGGAUCUCCGAUUGUCGACCCCUUGGCGAAUGUGUACGAUUUAAAAACCUUGGCCCCAUUACCCCCUAUUCCGUUUCACGCUGGUGCAGCGUACGUCCGAAUGCAUCCAAAGUUACAGACUACAAGCUUCGUAGCUUCCCAGACCGGGCAGCUCCAAGUAGUUGAUCUAAUGAAUCCUAAUGCUAUUAAUCUGCGACAGGCAAAUGUCACAUUUAUGCUCGGUCUUGAGAUUUCACCCUCAGGGGAAGCUCUCGCAGUCAACGAUGCUGAAUGCCUCAUACAUCUUUGGGGUUCCCCGUCCAAAAUCCAUUUCAACGAAAUGAGCAAGGAAACGGAGUUCGCGGAUGUUCCCUCCCGGCCGCCUAUGAUAGAUUGGUCAAAUGAUACCCCCUUGAACGUGAUUGGUAUUCCAUACUACCAUGAGCGAUUACUCUCUGCCUGGCCGAGCCACUUGGUUUUUGAAAUCGGAAGCAUUCCUCCGCAAGUUGAUCAGGCCAUUAUUCCAUAUCUUCACGCUGGGGAAAUAGGGCAUUACGCCCCCAAUCCGCGGAAGACCAGGAGAUAUCAGGUUGAAAGCACGCGGGCACAACCCGCCGCGGAGCCGGCAUUAGCUGCUCCAAAGUUUUUAAGCGAGCGAGCAAGGGCUCAGGCAAAAGCCAAGUUUGACAAUAAUAUGAGUGAAACUGCGGAUACAUUAGAGAGUAUAGCCAUUAAUAAAGAGGCAGAGGAGGAUCCACUUUUAAAGUAUGGUAAUGUCGAGAUCAAGUAUAGCAAGUUCGGAGUGGAUGAUUUCGAUUUUAGAUAUUACAAUAACACGGUGUUUUCGGGAUUGGAGACGCAUAUUGCCAACUCCUUCGCAAACCCUCUUCUUCAGCUGUUUAAAUUCAUUCCACUAGUCAAAAAUUUAGCCCUCCACCAUGUAGCAACGAACUGCAUAUACGAAAACUGUCUCCUGUGUGAAAUGGGUUUUCUGUUUGACAUGCUCGACAAAGCAAACGGGCAAAACUGCCAGGCAACAAACCUGUUAAGAACCUUCAGUGGUUUUCGAGAAGCAACAAAUCUUGGUCUUCUUGAGGACAAUUUGACCACGAAGUCCCUGUCGUCAACUAUUCAGUCAGUCAAUCGGUUUUUCCUGCAUCAGAUAUCCCACGAUUUUCGAUUGAUGUUUCCACAUUCUGAAGAACUAGACCAUACACUCUCAACUGAUGCGGUCGAGUCAAUCCGCUGUAUGCUCUGCCGCAACGAGACAGUACGACCUGGAAACGCAUUUGUCAAUGAGCUAAACUAUCCCGCGAUCGACCCCAAGCAGGCACGGCGCAAUGCUUCCUAUCGAUUCCCUGAUAUACUCAAAUCUAGCAUUGAGCGCGAAACCCAAAAUAGGGGUUGGUGCAGCCACUGUCGCCGCUAUCAGCAAGUUUCUAUCCGAAAAACGGUUCACCGGAUGCCUCUGGUUUUGAUGAUAAAUGCAUCCGUAAAUAACCCGAACAGCCGACAAUUAUGGAGCACGCCUGGGUGGCUCCCCGAAGAGGUUGGGAUCAUUCUUGAAGAUGGCCGCAUACAAUGCUUCGAAGGCGAGGAGCUUAUAACACGCAGAAAGAAUGGUACACCCGGCCUUAUAAUAUACGAACUGGUAGGGCUUGUGGUUGAAAUUGAUAUCCCGGAACACCACAAGCCACACUUAGUUUCUUUCAUAAACGUCGCAAUAUCUUCGCGUGAUGUGAACGACAAGAACCGAUGGCAUCUUUUUAACGAUUUCCUCGUGACGGAAGUUAGCCGAGAGGAGGUGUUUUCAUUUAAUCAGUCUUGGAAGUCGCCUUGCAGUUUGGCUUACCAAGUCCAGACUGCCCGACACGGCGUGGAUGAUUCUUGGAAAAGUGAACUUGAUACCACUCUGUUGUUUUACGAGUGGUCUAUGAAUAAUUAUCGCCCAACGGAGGCCUGCCGAGUGCUGCAACCUGAUGAAAAGCCCUCCACAGGAACCCCAGUUGCUCUCGAUACCGAAUUUGUGGACUUAGAGAAGGCAGAAAUUGAGGUCAAAGCAGAUGGAACCCAGGAAAUCGUUCGCCCAAGUAAAAGCGGACUUGCACGUGUUUCUGUCAUCCGAGGCUCUGGCACCGCCGAAGGUGUCCCGUUUAUCGAUGAUUACAUCACCAUAAAGGACCCAAUUGUCGAUUAUGUCACGCAGUAUUCAGGGAUCAAACCGGGCGACUUGGACCCACGAAGCAGCUCCCACAAUCUUGUUCCUUUAAAAGUUGCAUAUAAGAAGUUAUGGCUUCUUUUGAAUCUGGGCUGCAUUUUCGUCGGUCAUGGUCUGGCUUCCGAUUUCCGUAAAAUCAAUAUCCAAGUUCCUAAAUCACAAACUGUGGAUACUCAGUAUUUGUUUUUCCACCCGUCAAAAAACCGUCGCCUGAGUUUACGAUACCUUGCAUGGGCUGUUUUCAAGGAAUACAUCCAGGAGUCCACCACAUCUACCACUUCGCCUGAACCUGCUCAAGCUGCCCCUGUCAACGUUACCGCGAAUACAUCUAGUUCUGAAGGUCAUGACUCAAUCGAAGAUGCUCGCAUGGCCCUGCGACUCUGGAAAAGGUUCCAAGAAUACGAGGAUGCGGGUAUUGUAUCGCAAAUGCUUGAAGAGAUAUUCCGCGAAGGCUUUAAGCUGGGUUUCAAACCCCCUCCACGGAAUUCCCCUAAUUCUAACCCCGCUACGACUGUGCCGGGAGCUGCUAUAGCCCGACUUCCUGUCAGUGGGCGCAACACACCUGACGUAGCAGUAGUCGGAGCUGGAACGCUUAGCUCAGGCGGGAGUGUGAAUGGUAGUACACCGUCGACGCCGCGGCAAUCAUUCAGGAGAUCUUCCGCCCUCACUCCUAGCAAUGGUAGUUUCACAGGAAACACUAGCAAGAUACCGGACAUUUUUGGAGGUAGCCCUCUGCGAUGAGCCUUCUUCCAGAUAAAUGCUGCGAUUUGAAAAAUCACGUGUCAUUAUAAAUAAUAAUACCGUUUCUGGUCGAACAAUUUGCAAAAUUGGAAUUUUUAUGGCAGGAUCUGAGAGCCCAUCGAACUCUUGGCAUUCGUUAUUCAGGGGUUUGUUUUUUUAUAUAUAAUCAACGAUUGGUUAUAUGCAACUUGCUGCUCGCUAUGUACGUAUGGCUAAUAUACACGCACAUUUAAUGAAUUAUGAAUUAUCUAAGGACAUCCUAACAUGCCCGUAAACUGUCUAUCUCACGUUUCACGCAUACCUACUUAUCUUAGUACUUUAUCUGAUUCCACAUUUGCGAUACCGCCUGGGAAGCUACUCUAGAACAUUUCUCAAACAUAUUCUAUCAGCCAAAACUUUUCAAGUGUCCACUCAAGGCACGGGAUAGCCAAACCAACGUUCUAACACUCGUUCAUAUCGGCCUGAAACUCGCAUCCCUCUUUUUUUUUUUUUUUUUUUUUUUUUUUUUUUUCCCUUCUGGGAGUUGGGGGAUUGGUUUCGGGGAGGGUAACAACCUUGCGAAAUUGGAUACAGCCCAAGUGCAAGUUUUGGAAACUACAUCAUGUUUUCGGCGCUGCAGACUACCAUCUUAGUUUCAGUCUGGGAAUAGCCUACAACAGGCCGAAGAGAAUAGUCCCUUUGAAGCAGGAUUUGGACAUCUAGCUUACGACACGCAAUCUCUAUAUAUCUUUUUAUUUCUCACAUAACAGGUCGAAGUCCACUUUAUCCACUUAGUCGAACGAACAUAGGAAAACUGAAGACCCUAGAUGCUCGAGCACAAUAGAUCAAAGGAUGGCUUGUAAGGGAAAUCCUGGGAAAUGUGAGUUGAAGGGUGCCAGCCAGUAUCAUUUGGAGAAACAAACAAGGCAACAGACAGCAUUUAAAUCAGCCCGCCAACCACGCACGCGUUCUUUUCUCAAAGGGAAACGACACUUGCACUUAAUACCCCCCCUUCCUCCACAAGGGCCUUGACUACACCCUCUUCUACGGCCUUAUCAACUCCAAGAAUCAUUAAUGCCUCGUGCUCUACCUCAUACUUAUCCCUCGUGUCAGGUUGGCUCAUAUCCUGACUCUUAGGCUCACUGGUAGCUGCGAUUCUCUCGCACUCCAAUAGACCUUUUGAGACAGGGGCCACGCCCAUAAAGUUGAUAUUAACGCCUUCCUUCCCCAAGAUGCUUCCGACAACUCCAAUUUUUCCGGGAGAAUCGUAGUUGUGACAAAUGAGUAACGUACCAUCGGGAACGAAGGACGUAGCAAAUCGACCGAGACGAGAUAUUAAUGGCUGAGACUGCGAGCAUGUCCCGGAUAUGAUUUGCUGCUGCCCGGGGACCGCUUUUGGUGCAGGCACGGAACUUGCAACAUCAGGCGGUGGACGGGAAGAUGCGCGCGAGGGCGGGUGGGCCACCAGUGUGAUGAGAGAAGAGUAAGAAUGCGAUGCUGGAUCGCGGGAGAAUCGCUCGUUGACAACAAUGCCACGUUCCUUUGCAAUGAGCUCUGCGUUGACGAUAUUUACGUUGACGCCCGCCGUGCUACUAAUCGGAGCAAUGAGCCCCUUGAUCAGAGCUGCAAAGAGGGGUUUUGUAUUAUUAAUCCCAGAAAUCUCCCCUUCGUAGAUCAUGUCAAAUGUGCUGCUAUUUGCCGUAGAUGUGGCGGCAGAUGUGAAAUGCUGGAUAUAUAGGCUCCCCAUUUUCUCUACGAGAUGUACAAAUGGUUGGAGCUUCUUGUAUACUUCCGGCAAAAUCAAGGGCGCAUUCACGGCACUUCGAGGGAGGGCACCGCUCAAUAUCUGGAGAACCUGUUCGCAGACAUCAAUGGAGACAUUCUCCUGUGCUUCAACUGUAGAGGCACCAAGAUGUGGGGUCGCCAAAACACGGGGAUGGGCAAUGAGUUUUGCGGCGCUGGAACCAAUAGCUGGAGGCUCUGAUGUAAAAACAUCAAUUGCCGCUCCAGCCAAAUGGCCUGAUUCUAGGGCUUCGAGAAGAGAAGUUUCGUCAAAAGUUCCGCCACGAGCGACAUUUAGUACACGAGCGCCUCUUUUCAACUGCGAAAGCUCUGCGGAUGAUAUCAUUCCCCUCGUUGAUGCGAUCAAAGGUGUAUGAAUCGUGAGGAAAUCUACUGUCGGCAGCAGUGCAUCAAGGGAAGGUAGAAGGUUCACAGACGCGGAUUCUGCAACCGCAGCAGAAGCAUAGGGAUCGACAGCAUUCACCUUCAUCCCUAGCCCUUUGGCGAGUCGCGCAACUAUCAAGCCAACUAUAAAGAACACACCGUAUGAGGAAUUGCUCUCUCAGGGGGUUUAUGUUCAAAAUUGGAUCAAUGCAGCUCGUACCUUUUCCCAGGCCGAUAAUUCCUAGGGUCUUCCCUUUAACUUCAACACCCACUAAUCGACUCCUUUCCCAUUUCCCAUCUUUGAGGCUUGAGCAACCAUUAGGGAUGUUUCUGGCCAUGGAAAGCAUCAACGCUAUCGUAUGCUCGGCAGCAGCCCCAACAUUUCCGGAGGGGGAGUUUAUGACCACGAUCCCAAGUUUGGUUGCAGCAGCAACGUCUAUAACAAAAGGGGGGUCAGUGGUGUUCUGUGUUCUUCGAGACUACAUGAGAUAUUGGACCGUUUGGAUGGGAGCAUUGCAUAACCAAGUUGACUAUUCCUCGGAG